ACCGGAUGUUAGCCGCAGCUACAUUCAGAAGAAGAGCAACCACAGUGGCUACGUGAGUGUCGUCGGUUUGCACAAUAACGACGUUGUUUUCAAAGUAUGCGGUGAGAAGUGUGCUCCCGUGUUGCCUUUUCCUGAGCACGAUGGCCACUCAGAGAGUGCUCCCACAGAGCAAAGAGACUCUGCUGCAGAACUACAACAAGAGACUGAAAGACGACAUCAGGUCCAUCCUGGACAACUUCACAGAGAUUAUCAAAACAGCAAAGAUAGAGGAUGAGACGCAGGUUUCCCGAGCAACGCAAGCAGAGCAGGACCACUAUGAGAUGCACGUCAGAGCAGCCAACAUUGUUCGAGCUGGCGAGUCCCUCAUGAAGCUGGUGUCUGAUCUGAAGCAGUUUCUGAUUCUAAACGACUUCCCAUCGGUGAACGACGCCAUCAGCCUCCAGAACCAGCACCUCCGCUCGCUGCAGGAGGAGUGCGACAAGAAGCUCACCUCGCUCCGAGACGAGAUCGCCAUCGACCUAUAUGAGCUAGAGGAAGAAUAUUACUCCUCCAGCUACAGUCAGUGGGACAGCACUGAUCUGCCACUGUGUGAGGCGUACCGCCGACGAGACAGUUGGGCCUCCCCGGGCAGCAGCUGCAGCUCUACCCAGGGGGACCGAGAUGACGCGGAGGGUCCUCCUUCUCAGGAGACAAACCCCCAACACCACCUCAAUGGACACGGGACGUCCUCAAUAGAGAAACCAUGACGAGGAAAGCGGACACAGACUGGAACGCUCUUUUGUACUGAGGAGGUUUGGCUAAUUUAGUUUUCCAUUUCACAUUGUGAACUAGUGUCUGAUUAGAUCUGCCACUGUUGUGUCGUGGACUGAAGCUUGACACUGAUCUUUUCUUUUGUACGUGUUAUUAUAAAGAGUAAAAUAAAGUGCUCUACUAAAACAGAAAAAACUGAAAAGGUAUCAUAAACAGAAAACUGAAGACCUGAAAUGUAUCUAAAGUAACAUUCCUCUGGG